AAAAUACCAUAUAAAACCAGAGAGGCGGUCACACCUGCACGCACCUUCUAUUUUGUUCGCAACUUGAUGAAAUUCUGAAUUCCUUCCGUGAAAUUGUGAAACACAGAGUCCUGCCAAGAUGUCGCGCCACAGGAUAGUGCGGACCAUGGACUACAACGACGAGUACGAUGGCUACGACGACAUCUACGGCCAUUCGGUGGAGGACGAGCACUGCAUUUCGCCCACAGAUGCGCAGCAAUGGCUUUACGAUCGUGCCCGUGGCCAGCAGAGCAUCUCGGCUUUCAUCAGCAAGAACAAGGACAUCCAGGAGGAGGAGGACGAUGAUGAGGAUGCCGCCUUUGAGAAGGCUCGCCGCGACUCCGAAAGUUUCCAGAUGCCGCAGCUGGACGAGAUCGAGCAGGCCAAGCUGAGCUCCUGCGUCGAUGAGGUGCGCAGCGUAGUGGGCGAUGCCGUUUCCGAGCGCCGCAUUGUGGAGACCUCCAUGAAGUUCGACUACGACAUGCAGAAGAUCCUGGAUGAGAUCCUGAACGAGGAGACCAAGAAGUCGGGGGAGAAGCCCGCCGCUGCAAGUCGCAUAAAGGUGCCUCCUCCUGCCCCCGUGCUGCCCAAAUCCUCCAGCAAAACGGCUCCAACGCCACCGCCCAAAAUCAAUCUUAAGGAGCCGCGACGUGGCUUCGAAAUAGCCUCGCCCAAGGUGCCCUCAUCGCCCGUAGUCUCGGGCAGGAAUACACCGGUGGACAUUGCCGGCGGCGACGAUUUAAACCGCAGCUCAGCCACCCUUUUUAAGGUCUCCAAGGAGCAAUCGCUGCGCAAUGCCCGCCAGCUGUACGAAAAGGAGCGCGCGGACCAGAAGAGCCACAUCCACAUGAUCGUCAUUGGCCAUGUGGACGCUGGCAAGAGCACCCUAAUGGGUCACCUGCUCUACGACACCGGCAACGUCUCACAGCGAGUAAUGCACAAGCAUGAGCAGGAAUCCAAGAAGCUGGGCAAGCAGAGCUUUAUGUACGCUUGGGUUCUAGACGAAACGGGUGAGGAACGAGCUCGUGGCAUCACCAUGGAUGUAGGCCAGUCGCGCAUCGAAACAAAGACAAAGAUCGUUACACUGCUAGAUGCUCCAGGACACAAGGAUUUUAUACCCAACAUGAUCUCUGGUGCCACGCAGGCGGAUGUGGCUCUCCUCGUAGUGGAUGCCACUCGAGGGGAGUUCGAAUCCGGUUUUGAGCUGGGCGGACAGACCAGGGAGCAUGCCAUCCUAGUGCGAUCCCUGGGGGUUAACCAACUGGGCGUGGUCAUCAACAAACUGGACACUGUUGGCUGGUCGCAGGAACGCUUCACUGAGAUUGUGACCAAGCUGAAGUCGUUCCUCAAGCAGGCUGGCUUCAAGGAUUCGGAUGUGAGUUUCACGCCCUGCUCGGGACUGACAGGCGAGAAUCUCUGCAAGAGUGCCCAGGAAUCUGCCCUAACCAGCUGGUACAGUGGUCCCCAUCUACUGGAUGUCAUCGAGAACUUCAAGAUACCCGAAAGAGCUAUUGACAGACCAUUGCGUAUGUCCGUAUCGGAUAUUUACAAGGGCACUGGCUCGGGAUUCUGCAUUUCGGGACGCGUGGAAACCGGAGUGCUAUGCCUGAACGACAAAGUUCUGGUGGGUGCCAGCAGAGAGCAGGCGCAGGUCAAGUCGCUGACCAUGAACGAAUUCCCGCAGACGAGUGUUUUCGCCGGGGAUCAGGUAUCCGUGACCCUGCCCGCCUUGGACAUCAACAACGUGACCGUGGGCUGCAUCAUCUGCGAUCCGCAGACCCCCAUUCCGGUGACUACGCGUUUCCAGGCACGCAUCAUUGUGUUCAACGUCAAGGUGCCCAUAACCAUGGGAUUCCCGGUGCUGCUGCAUCACCAAUCACUGAUAGAGCCCGCCGUGGUCUGCAAACUGACCGCCUCCAUCCACAAGAGCACCGGCGAGGUGGUCAAAAAGAAGCCCCGCUGCCUGGGCAACAACUCGUGUGCUCUGGUCGAACUGGAGACCAGCAGACCCAUCUGCAUCGAGCGAUAUGCGGACUUCAAGGAGCUGGGACGCGUGAUGCUGCGGGUGGCAGGCGUCACCAUUGCCGCCGGAAUGGUCACCAAGAUCCGCUGAGGGAAGGCCCAUGCCCUUGCUGAAUUUUGUACGAAAUUUUAGUUAGAUAUUUACUUUUGUUGUUUUGCUAAAUAUACAUAGUUUAUAUGAAUUCAUUAAAUCGAAAGACGUUGGAACACUGGAA